AUGGUAAAAGGACACGAACCGGCGGAAAGACACUGGCUAGCCGAGUCUUGGCAUUUUUUGAUUUGUGCCGGUGGAAUUUUAGGAUGUUAUUUUGUUUUCGGGAUUCAGCAGGAGAGAAUAGUACAAGGCAAAUACGAGCUACCCGACGAAAGUGUCGAGAAAUUCACAUUCACACAGGCGCUGGUGUUCUUUCUAUGCACUGGAAAUACGAUUUACGCGUAUUUGAUUCGGAAAAAGACGGAAAUCGAUAAUGUGCCGGCAAAAAUGUACGCCGCAUCGGCAGCCAGCUACCUGCUAGCAAUGAUCGCGUCCAACCAGGCGCUACAGUACCUACCGUACCCCACUCAAGUGUUGGCCAAGAGCUGUAAACCCAUUCCGGUGAUGAUUUUCGGGGUCCUAUUCGCCCAUAAACGAUACAAUUGGCGGAAAUAUUGCUAUGUGCUGAUGAUUGUGAUUGGAGUGGCCAUGUUUUUGUAUAAGGACAAAAAACGCGGUGCAGAGGAGAAGGAUUUCGGCUUUGGAGAGGCACUUUUGAUCUUCUCACUGGCAAUGGACGGAACGACGACGUCAAUCCAGGAUCGCAUCAAAAAAUCGUAUCAACGAACGGGCAAUUCGAUGAUGUUCUACACGAAUCUGUACUCGAGUCUCUACUUGUCAGCUGGCCUGUUAGUAACUGGCGAGCUUUGGUCGUUCUUCUACUUCGUCCAACGUCAUCCGUACGUCUUCUGGGACCUGUGUGGUCUGGCGAUCGCCUCCUGCCUUGGACAGUGGUGCAUUUUUAAGACAAUCGAAGAGUUCUCGCCGUUGACAUGUUCAAUUGUCACCACCACACGAAAGCUCUUCACUAUCAUCAUCUCGCCCAUUUUAAGCCCAUUUUCUGUUCAGGUGCUGUUCAUGAAUCAUCCACUAUCGGGCCGUCAAAUGCUCGCCACCUCCGUCGUCUUUUCCGCGCUAACAGCUGAUGUGAUCGAUGGAAAACUGUCUUCUGGAAGUGCCACGUCAUCGAAUGUGGGCGGAGCCAAGAAGCCGUUGAUCUCGCCGGACGAAAAAGCACAUGUUAAAUAA